AUGUCUAGUCGUGUUGACGAACAGCUGAAGGACCCUAGGAUGGCCGAACACAACAUGGUGACAGCUGGUAACGGCUCUACGUCCAGGGAAGACAAAGCUGGCGAUGGACAUGAUGCGUCGGAGGAAGUCUUGAAGAACCUUCUGAGGGAUGAAGAAGCAUUCAAGAAAGAACUUACCAAAAGGAGGAUCCACCGUGGGAAGAUCCGUGGAAAGAUCCGUGUGCUUCAAGAGAGCAUGGAACUGCUCAUCAUUCCUGAAGGUCAAGAGACUACCGAAGAACUUCAGAGUUUAGAGGUUCAAGAGGAUCUAUUGCACGACCAACUGAGACGAGCAGAGGAGUAUAUCGAAGAGUUGCAGCAGUGUCGAGCGGAAGUAGUGUCAAAAACAGCCAAGAACAGGCUCGUUCAGUAG